AUGUUCUUAUUUAUCAUUGUGGUUCUAAGUCAAUACUACGCUGUUACUGGUAGUAUUUGCCGUUGUCUUUCGAAUGAUUCAACAUCUUGGCAACUACUUAAUGAUUCUAUAAAUGGAUGUCUAGUUUUACCUCGUCCAUCAGCGGCCUCGUGUACUCUGGAUCAAUUCAAUAUGGAGGCGUGUGCAAUAGCGUAUACUAACUGGAUAAAUUCAAAAUGGCGUAGCGAACAAUUGGGUGCUGUGCAAUAUUAUAAUUUUAUCAAAACAACAGGUCACGAUAUCCUUGGCCGAUCGACAGCACCGGGAUCAUUUCUUUUACGGCUUCAUUAUAUGAAGAACAUGCCAUUGAUCCCGCAAUAUUCCUCUUGUGGUUCUGCUAAUGUGACGAAUGAAGUUCGUCUAGGUGCAGCAAUUAGUGGAUCUUGUAACUCUGUAGGGGAUACCGGUGGAUUUUUACAAGGUGGUGGCCAUAGUCUAUUGCCAUUGUGGAAAGGUUUGGAUGUUGAUCAAGUACUCGAAUAUGGCGUGGUUACUGCGGAUGGACAGCGUAAAAUUGUAAGCCCAUGCCAAAAUAGUGACUUGUUCUAUGCAUUGAGUGGUGGAGCUGGUGGUACACAUGAUGUUGUACUUUCUGUUGUUUUGAGAACAUUCUCAUCGCCCUAUAUCAUCAGUAUUCUACUUAGUAUAGAAGCAUCUAAUGAGACUCGGUAUGUUACAUUGAUUCGAGAUUUUGUUCCAUUUUUACCAAAAUUAGCAGAUGAUGGCUGUGCUGGAUAUAUAUCUAUGGGAGAUCACAAGAUUUCUAUGAAAUAUAUUUGGCCCAAUGGAGAACUCAACAUUGGAAACGCAACAUUCUCCGAAUUUCAGAAUAACAAUACAGAUUUAGUUUUUUCAGCAAAGACUACAGCGUUCAUACCAUCGUUCUAUGAGGCAUACAAGCUUGCAUUGACUCCAUCUGAUCCUAAUAGAUAUAAUAUGCUACUUGGAUCACGUCUUAUUCCUGACACAGUCGUUCGCUAUCGACCGGAUGAUCAAGCAAAAUUAUUUUUACAAAUGAAACAUAUAAGCACAAAAGCAACAAGUCUAUUAAUAAGUCAUGUAGUCUAUGGUCAGGAUUGGGCAGACAACACCUCUAUGGAAACUCAAAAAUUGAUUGCUGCAGAUAUUACUUCUCGUAUACAAAUCUUAGAUACUCUAUCAAAUAAUGCACUAUUUGAUUCCGAUUUGAAUGAAGCCGAUCCAAAUGAACCUAAUUGGAAGCAGAGAUAUUUUGGUUCGCAAGCUAUGUAUGAUCGACUCAAGUCCAUCAAACAAGUAGUUGAUCCACAAGGCCUAUUUAUAUGCAAACACUGGGUCGGCAGUGACGAUUGGACAUCGGAUCUCAAUUGCCCGAUUUUGUCGAUUUCAAUCAAACUCAGUUUAACAUGGUCAUUCAUUUUAAUGGAAUUCUUUAUUUUAAAAACAUCUGUAUAA